UGGAGGGCUUUUCCAAACUAAUGAUUCUCUGAAGGGGCUUGUUUGGGUGUAGGCAUCUGUCGGGGAAGUUGUGGCCCCUCCGUUUGGGUUUCAGCCUCAGCCCGGCAGGGCAGGCAGGCGCCAUUUUCAUUUCAGUCAGAGGCUCCCGGAACAGAAGACGGUGACCGGCAACGCACUUCCCACUCUCCCUGAAGCAGCUGCCAUGAAAGCCGCCUGCCUGACACGCUCUGCUUUUGUACGGGAGGGGGGGAGGCAGCUGCUGCUGGCCUGGCCCCAGCCUUGUCAGCUGCUCCCAGGGGGCUGCCGGCAGCUCCCUCCACCCCCUGGGAUUGCCUUGCUGCAGGAGCCGCCCCGCGCGCCGCCAUCUCCUGCUGUGCUGUGCAACGCGCCUGCCCCGCAGCUGGUCGCCUCGGCAGGUCUUUUCCCCUGAGCUGCUCUGCAGUUCAUCAGUCUGUAUCCUUGCAAGGGGUUCCACUUGCCUAGGGGAGUGCCUCUGCGUUGGUCCUUGCUGCUUUUCAUCAUUUCGCUGUUGGCCCAUUCCCCCCAAGCCUCGGCUGGUCCUUCCAGGAGGCAGUGCUGCCCUCAAGCACAGUGCCUGGUCCUCCCCAUUUGCUCUCUGCAGGUCUGUGUGACCUUGCCCUGGGCUGCAAGCGGGUGAGUGGGUCCCAGGAGAUUUGCCCCUGAACACAGAGCAAGAAGGGGCUUCUGGGGUCAACGGGGCUUGCCCUGGGGUCCAGUUCUAGGAGUUAGUGGGAGGCAGAGGAAGGGAAGCACUGUUUUUCCAAGCAAGCUCCUCUAUGGGCCCAUUGCAGGCUGUCCUCACCUGUCCCCAGAGCCUCUGGUGAAUGCUUCUUGAGCAGGAGGAGAUGGCCACCCGCCAGCUCCUCACAUCCUGACCCAUUUUUCCUGAGAAUUCAGCAAGGCAGAGUUUCACAGACAAGAGGAAAUCCCUAAACAGCACACAGCCCAGAGUGGAAAGUUGGUGCUCAGGAUCCCAGCGGAAACCCCAGCUGGGAGGGCUCUUCCUGCCUGGGGGAGGCUCCCCUGGAGCGCCAGGGAUUUACUAAUCGCCACCUUUCGCUCCCCAUCCCUUGCCGUGUCCCGCCAAGGGCCAUGUGCAGUGGCAAUCUGCAGACAGGUCUGCUGGUGGCCGGCUACUUCGUCUACUUGCUGGUGGGUGCAGCCGUGUUCCAGGCGCUGGAGAGGACCGCUGAAAAGCAGCAGAAAAUGGCAGCCGCCCAGAUGAAGGAGGCAUUUCUGCAGAACUUCCCCCACCUCACAGUGGCAGAGAUGGAGCAGUUUAUGAAGAACCUGACUGAAGCCAUUCAGAAUGGAGUAUACCCUGUUGGAAAUGAAUCACAGACAGAAAACAGCAACUGGGAUUUCAGUAACUCCUUCUUCUUUGCAGGCACAGUGGUCUCCACAAUAGGCUAUGGCACACUGCGUCCUAAAACUGCUGGGGGACAGAUCUUCUGUGUCUUUUUUGCUCUCUUUGGAAUCCCUCUGAAUAUUGUUUUUCUGCACCGUGUUGGUAAGAUGCUCUCGCUGCUGUGUAAAAAGCUGGGGAAAUUCCUGUACGAGAAAGGAAUGAGAAAGAAGAAGAUCAAAUUUCUGACCCUUUUGUUCUUUUUGGUGACCGGGAUCCUAGUGUUUCUGUGCUUGCCGUCACUCUUCUUCCAGAUAACAGAGGGUUGGUCCUACAGUGAAGGAAUUUACUUUGCAUUUAUCACCCUCAGCACCAUUGGCUUUGGAGAUUAUGUAGUAGGUAAACAGCCUGGCAGGAUUUAUUUUUCCUACUAUCGAACACUUGUGGCCAUUUGGAUUCUUUUUGGCCUUGCCUGGAUUGCUCUCCUAUUUAAUUUAUUGACAACAGUUCUAGAAGAUACUGAAAAAAUAAUUGUCAAGGAUCUCCAUCAAAUUGUAAAGGUGAGUAAGGACAAUGAAGAAAGCCAACCAAGAAGAUGUUGGCCUGCUCAUUUUUUACCAGAAGAAGAAGUAAUACCACCAUGUGCUGGAGGUGAUGCACAGAAAAUGGAGUCAUUAGCAGCAUGUUCUGAACAAACAAAAAAAUAAGAACAAUGUUUUUUACUUAUAGCCAAAAUUACUGCCAUAACAUAUGGAGAUUGAAGUCUUCGGUGGAAAAUUGCUGGUGUGUCAUUCUAAAGAAAUACCCAUGGAAAUAAAAUUUCUCAUACCUUUUGCUGAAAUGUGACCUUUCCAAACCAAAGACUUAUAGUUACACAGACACACAGUAUUAAUGGUAAGAAAUUUGCUCUUCAGUUUGCAGCCGUAUUGUGCUAAAACGUGACAAGUACUCUCAUUUUGCAAAGCUUUUUUAAGGUACCUUCAUAAAAAUGCAGAGGAGGGUCAUGGCAGAGCUCGCUGUUUGUGUUUGGAUUUUUCUGCUUGCAAAAACCACGUCUCUUCCAGGAACUGAAAUGCACAAGCUUUUCUGAGUCACUGCAUAGCACUAUGUUGGAAGAAGAAAUACAAGCAAAUAACUGAAUAGGUGCCUGAAUUGAACCAUGAUAUUGGAUAAACUGAAAUGAUCUGAAAAACAUGUUUGAAGGACAAGACCUGGGCUCAGUUCAGAGACACUAGAGGCAUCUAAUGAACAGGGUUAGAAAAAGGUUAGCUGUGUUAGCAAUUAUUAAUUCUACCUCUUCCUGUUUUAUAUGAAGAUGAAUAAAGAUGAUUCCAACUUCUGUCUC